GGAACAGCAGCGGGUCCGAGGCGCAGCCCAGUCCCGCCAUGGAGCAGCCGAGGAAGGCGGUGGUAGUGACGGGAUUUGGCCCUUUUGGGGAACACACUGUGAACGCCAGUUGGAUUGCAGUUCAGAGAUGGGAUCUCACUGUAUUGCCCAGGCUGGUCUUGAACUCCCGGGCUUAAAUGAUCCUUCCACCUCGGCCUCCCAAUGAAGCUGGGAUUACAGGUGUGAGCCACCAAGCCGUGCCAUCAAGUGGGUCUUGCCAAAAGCACAUGUGAAUACCUCUCGUGAUUGCAUGCCUUGGGGAGCUGGAAAAGCUAGGCCUUGGGGACAGUGUGGACCUGCACGUGUACGAGAUUCCGGUUGAGUACAAAACAGUCCAGAGACUCAUCCCUGCCCUGUGGGAGAAGCACAGUCCACAGCUGGUGGUGCAUGUGGGGGUGUCAGGCAUGGCGACCACAGUCACACUGGAGAAAUGUGGACACAACAAGGGCUACAAGGGGCUGGACAACUGCCGCUUCUGCCCCGGCUCCCAGUGCUGCGUGGAGGAUGGGCCUGAAAGCAUUGACUCCAUCAUCGACAUGGACGCUGUGUGCAAGCGAGUCACCACGUUGGGCCUGGAUGUGUCGGUGACCAUCUCACAGGAUGCUGGCAGAUAUCUCUGCGACUUUACCUACUACACCUCUCUGUACCAGAGUCACGGUCGAUCAGCCUUCGUCCACGUGCCCCCACUGGGGAAGCCGUACAACGCAGACCAGCUGGGCAGGGCACUGAGAGCCAUCAUUGAGGAGAUGCUGGACCUCCUGGAGCAGUCAGAGGGCAAAAUCAACUAUUGCCACAAACACUGAGGAACGCUCAGGUCUCCUAAGACCUCAUCCUGCUGGGGACCCCACGAGGGGACAUCCACCCUCUGGGGUGUGGCCAGGAAAAGACAAGCUCUUCAACUUGGGGAUCCGAUCUGGAAGAGAGAUUUUGAUCUGCCCAUCUCCUCUUCCUCCUCCUGUACAAAAGCUCCGGUUGAUUUGAGGGAAGUGGCUGAAAAUUUUCUUUGCUCCCGUUUUCCUCCCUGCAUCUGGGGACACAGCUGCCGUGACCAGGGAGGCCAGCCUGAGGGGUCCAGAUGCCCAGAGAGAAUCUUGGUCUGGUGGGUCCAUGAGCUGCGAUACCAUAGCUGGAGCCACGUGUUCACCUGCUUUCCUGUCUGUUGGUGAAGGAAUUUCAGAAUUCACUUUAUAUCCAAGACUGGCUUUUACCAAAUUUAAAAGCCUCUCAAUGAGUCCUCGACCUUGACCUGUGCUCAACAGCCUGGCCCUUUCUGGGACUACCCUGGGAUAUGGCAUAUUUUUUUGUUUCUUUCUUUCUUCUCUCUCUCUCUCUUUUUUUUUUUUUUAAACCAAUAGUGCCAGUUUGUGCACAGAGUAAUUUAUAUUCCCUUUGGUUAAAAUGCAGGCUUUUUGGCCAACAACAAAAGUGUCUUUUUUCCCCCCAUGCCGGGGUGAGGCCACUUUUGCCUCCUGCCCUGAAAAUUGGACCUAAGAUGCCAUGUCUUAGCUGGGCGCAGUGGCUCAUGGCUGUAAUCCCAGCACUUUGGGAGGCCAGGGUGGGUGGAUCACUUGAGAUCAGGAGUUCGGGACCAGCCUGGCCAACAUGGUGAAACCCUGCCUUUACUAAAAAUAUAACAGUUAGCUGGGAGUGGUGAUGCAUGCCUGUAGUCUUAGCUACUUGGGAGGCUGAGGCUAGAGAAUCACUUGAACCCGGGAGGCAGAGGUUGCAGUGAGCUGAGAUUGCACGGCUGCACUCCAGCCUGGGUGACAGAGCGAGAUUCUGUCUCAAAAAAACAACUGGACUUAAGAUGGCAUGUCUUGGU